GCAAGUACUUCAAAAGAAAGGGAAUUAAGCCCGGAAAUUCAAGAACAGAGCGAUAGUGAAGAAUCUGUUAUAGUUAACACGUCCUCUGAUGAAGGAAAAUGUUAUUGUAAAAAAUACACCCUUGAAGAACUUAAAGAAAAAAUAGAUAUAAAAAAUAUUUCAUUAAUUUACAAAAAAGAUGAAAAAGAAGGGGAAGGCGGAUUUGGCAGAGUAAGUUUUCAUGGGGUGAGGGAUGGUUUAUCGGUCGGUCUCCUGUAUUCGAGAUUAAAAUAAAAAAAUUUUUCAUAAAGAUAAUUACCAAACUUAAAUUUAAAAUAUACAAACUUUUGGAAAAACUAUUUUAAUCUUUUAAAGGUUUAUCAUGCAUAUUGGCCUGAUAAUAAUAUUUGUGUGGCUUUAAAAGUAUCUAAUCUAAAGAUGGGGGGAACUAAACAAAAACAUAAAUUAAGUAGAAGAAUGAUAGAAAACGAAGUUAAAAUCCUCAAACAUUUUUCUAAACUUGAAAAAGAAGAAAGAAAAUAUAUUAUUUAUAUGUAUGAAAGUCAAGAAAAAAUAAUUGAUGGAGAACCAAAAAUGUUUUUUAUUUUAGAACUUGGUGGAGAAAGUUUAAUAGAUUAUUUUAAUAGAAAGAUGAAAAAUGCUAUGGAAACACAUACUUCGCAGGAAACAAGAAUUAUUGCAUAUAAUCUUAUAACUAAAAUUAGUAUGUGCGCUGCUAAAGCAUUGCAACAUUUCCAUAAAUGUAAGUGUAAUGAUGAUUCCCAGCAGUAUUUAGAACGCUUAGGCUGGGGUUAA